AUGGAGAGGCUGAGCAACAAAUGGAUCGCCACCGUGGCAAGCAUAUGGAUCGAGUGUAGCUGCGGACUAUACACCUUCAGCAUCUACUCCUCCGUAUUGAAAUCUUCCCAAGGCUACGACCAAUCAACGCUCGACACCGUCUCCGUCUUCAAGGACAUCGGCGGCAGCGUCGGCAUCCUCGCCGGCGUCUUAUACUCCUCCGUUACGUUCCGUAACCGUAACCGUAGCCGUAGUAGCCACUCGGGUUUUGGUGGGCCAUGGGUGGUCCACCUGGCUGGGGCGAUCCAGAACUUCGUCGGCUACUUUCUAAUAUGGGCUUCCGUGGUGGGUUGGCGUCUCAGGCUCAGGCUUUCUUUACCACAGCCAACACCGUCUCCGGCGUACAAAACUUCACUUAUUGUCGUGGAACCGUUGUGGGGCAUCACGAAGGGUUUUCUUGGUAUUAGUGGAGCAAUAGUAAUCCAAGUGUAUGACACAUUCUGCAAGGGCAAGCCGAGCGCCGUCCUGCUGAUUCUCGCUCUGUUGCCUACGUUCGUCUCCCUCGUGCUUAUGUUUUUUGUGAGAAUCUAUAACAAAGCAAUUAACACAAGUGAUGACAAGAAGCACUUGAAUGGUUUGACUGCAGUAGCUCUGAUCAUUGCUGUUUAUCUCAUGAUUAUGAUUCUUUUGGAAAACAUCUUUACUCUGCCAUCAUGGGCACGCAUUUUUACUUUUGUACUUCUUUUGCUUCUACUUGCAUCACCACUCGGAAUUGCAAUCAAAGCCCAGUGGCAGGACUCCAGCGCAUUUUCCAUUGAGAGAAGUACUCCUUUGAUGCAGGAGAACCACGAAUCCUUCGAGUCUUCUGCAGCCAUGAAUAAUCCUUCUCCAGCAUAUCAUGAAAUAAUUCUGCCUGAUGAUGAAGAAGAGGGCACGAAUCUUUUGCAAGCCAUGUGCACCGUAAACUUUUGGUUAUUGUUCGUUGCCACGUUAGCUGGAAUGGGCACUGGGCUAGCUGUGAUAAAUAACUUCAACCAAAUAGGACAAUCUCUCAACUACGCUACUCUGGAGAUUACCAAUUUGGUCUCUUUAUGGAGUAUAUGGAGCUUUUUUGGCCGCAUUGGAGCUGGGUAUUUAUCAGAUUAUUUACUACACACAAGAGGCUGGGCAAGGCCAGUUUUGAUGGCAAUUACUCUGGCCGGAAUGGCGGCCGGUCUGUUUCUUAUUGCUUUUGGUUUUCCUGGAAUUUUAUAUGUGGGUUCGAUUCUGGUGGGAAUCUGUUUUGGUUCACAAUGGUCGCUAAUGCCCACGAUCGCUUCGGAGAUAUAUGGUGUGAGGCACCUGGGUACUAUUAUGAACACUAUAGGCAUAGCAAUUCCUCUUGGAUCUUAUAUUUUCUCUGUGAGAGUUAUUGGGUAUUUUUACGACGAGGAAGCAAGCGGCGACGACGACUCCUGCUUCGGUUCUCACUGCUUUAUGCUAUCUUUUCUGAUUAUGGCAUCCAUGGCGUUUUUUGGUUUUCUUGUUGCUCUAGUGUUGUUCUUUCGCACCAAGACUCACUAUGAUCAGCAGGUUGUGCUCAGCAGGUUGAAGCAUUCUUUAACAUGCAGGUUCUGUGUCAUGACUCAUGAUUUACUUGUAUGUGGAUGCCACACGACAAAGAAAUUACCUGCAACUGCAGAAAAUGAAGCAUCUUUUCUUCUUUCUCAAUCCACACAGUUCAACCGACAAAGAGCAUCUAUAGUACUAUUACUUUAGGGAAGAGCUAGCUAGCGGUAGAACCAACCAAAAAAAAAAAAAAAACAUCAUUAAGGAAAA